UCUAACAGAUUAGCUCCAUUUAGCUAAUGCUUCGUAUUACUCCUGUAGAGAAGUGGAGUUCAAUAUGUUGUGUGUUGCCACAUCUGUUUAUUGGUGAUCGCUGGGCGUCACAGAACAGAGAAGGAUUGUUGAAAUGCGGUGUAACGCACGUCAUCAACAUGGCUGGAAAGACUUGCCCAAGUAGCUAUUCUGACGACUUCGUGUACUUGACAGUUAACGUUGAUGAUGUGGGAGAGGAGGAUAUAGCUGCUCAUUUUGAUUCGACGCGUCAAUUCAUAGAAUCAGCUGUAGCAAGUGGUGGUAAAGUCUUUGUUCACUGUGAGGCAGGAAGAAGUCGUUCUGCUACAAUUUGUCUUUGCUACUUGAUGUGCUCACAACAAUGGUGCUUGAAGAAAGCAUACAAACAACUGAAGAAGCAAAGACCAGUCAUAAUGCCUAACUAUUGCUUCUAUCUUGCUCUAUGCCAGCUGGAUGAAGAAAUGUUUAAUGCUCGUUCCAUGAAUCUGACGUUUGAGCAGUAUCGUGUGUAUAAUAUCACUCUUGAGGCUAGAGCGAAUGGCUUUGUGACAAGAUGCAACAUUUUAUAGUCCAAUUGGUGAGAGUUGCAGAUUUUAUUGGCAGAGAUAGGUUCUAAUUCUAUUGGCAAUUGAUAACUAAAUUGAACAGAUUAUAUGUAGUACUGUAGUAAUAGAAUGAUUUUGAUUUUAUGUGUGAGUACAGUAUGAAGGAUAUGACAA